AUGGACGAACGACUACUCCGUCUUCCAUUUGAAUUUGAUGAAAACGAUAAGUUGGGCUCAUGGGAUGUUUUGCUCAGCGAAGAUGCAAUUAAAGAUAUGCGACAAUUAGAGUCUGCAUCUGUAAUUAAUGCGGUUAUAAAAGAGCUCGUGCAUAUAUCAUCCGGGGCAUGGGAUAAACAUGGACUCCGAGACGUACAGUCAGACGCGGCUCCUGUCUAUGAAGUAAAACUUUUUGACAAUCUGACAAUUCUGUGGCAAGUUGACUGUGGGUUUUCUGUUCGCAGCAACAGAUUCAUGCAACUUGUAAAGAUUUGGGCUGUUACCGCUAACCAGGAACAGGUUAACAAGAAAUCAGAAAAUAUUUCAAUGGUUUAUCAGUUCUGUAACGCAGCACAUAUGCAUCGAUGCACGGUCCAGCAAGCAGGAAACAGGGGCAUUAUUUUACCAAAAGUUUUCGAUGAUGAAGAAGAAAUGGUAACCAAGUAUACAUCAGAAGUUAAUAUGGAUGAAGAAAAACUGCUGGAAGUUCAUAAAAUGCUUAUCACGAAUAAAUUUACUCCCUUAUCAAAGAGUUUGCUCAAUUCGCUUGUUAUAGGCGGUCUUGAAUUCACUUUCCAGAUAUCAAAAAAGGAGUAUGAAAUUAUUACCAAUCCUACAUCAGCUAUUGUUAUUGGGCGGUCGGGAACGGGCAAAACAACGUGUAUUGUAUAUAGGCUGAUUGCUUCACAUUUAGCAAAAAGACUUUACAAGACGCCAUCGUGGCAUGCCAAUGAAGAAAAUGUGCGCAGACGUCAGAUAUUCAUUACAGUGAGCACCAAUCUAUGCUCCCGUGUAAAGGAAUAUUUCAAUCGACUGCAAAAGUCUGUGGACCUUGCCGGGAAAAAAUUAUCCGAGGCUUUAUUUAAUGAGUACAUAAGGAAUAAAGCAGGAAAUGCCAUCGCAGUCGAGUUGAUUAAUAACACUAUGCUCGAAGAAGCUGACGAAGAAAAUGUAUUGGGUAACAUUCCCAAUUCAUUUCGUCAACUGACCGAUGACCAUUUCCCACUGUUUAUUACAUAUGGUAAAUUCAUGAAAAUGCUUCAGGGAACCUAUGGCAUUGAUAUUCAGAAGCUGAUUCCACGACCAGAUUUUAAAGAUGAAAAUGAGCCAGUUUAUCGGGUGCCGUCUUUUCUCAAGAAUUCUAAAGCAUCUUGGGCACAUUUUGUGAAUUACAACAUUUUCCAGAAAAGGUAUUGGCCUCAUUUAGGCGAUUUAUAUAGAAACACGCUCGAUUGUUCGCUGGUUUAUGCCGAAUUUUCUGUUAUUAAGAGCUCGAAUCUUGAGGAAGACUACUUAUCAAGAGUAGAUUACCGAGAAUUCAGCACAAGGAAAUACUCAGUUUUUCGCUACAACCGGGAUACGGUUUAUAAUUUAUUUUUGCGUUACGAGAAGAUGAAGGCACGAAAUAAUGACUACGAUUCGAAUGAUCGAGCGUUAGCCGUCCUGCGUUGUGCCAGAACGGAGGACCUUGGUGACUUACACAUUGACGAAGUGUAUAUUGACGAAUGUCAGGACAACAGCGUCACAGAUUUUGCACUAAUUUUAAAACUUUUCAACAACGCUGACAACAUCUUUGUGGCCGGGGAUAUAGCGCAGUGUAUUGCGCCAGGAUCAUCUUUUCGAUUUCAGGAUAUCAGCUACCUGAUGCAUAAGUGGGAACGCGAACGGAUCCACCAACGCCCGCUCAGUAAAAGAGACCCCAAAAAGUUCGAGCUAAACGUCAACUACCGUUCCCAUAAUGGCAUCCUCCGACUUGCUUCGUCGGUGAUUGAUCUUAUAUUGUUUUUCUUUCCCGAUGCCAUUGACCGAUUGUCGAGCGAACAUAGUGACGUUUGUGGUCCCAAGCCUGUCAUUUACAAAAAUUUUCUUCAGGAAAAAACUGAUUUAUUCAAAAUCUUUUGUGCGGGAGAGCGCAUUGAUGAUAAAAUCGAAUUUGGUGCUGAGCAGGUCAUUAUCGUGCGUGAUGAUGAAGCUAAACAGAACUUAAGAGGAAAAAUAGGCGAUGCGGGUUUAGUAAUGACAGUAUUUGAGACAAAGGGCAUGGAGUUUAAUGACGUGCUGUUGUAUAAUUUCUUUACCGACUCGCCUGCAUGUUUGAAAUGGCGAGUAGUUCUCUCCGCUUUGGAUAACUAUGCUGACAGGACUCAGAGUUUUUCUCACGAGAAGCACUAUAUCCUUUCUUCGGAACUGAAAAACCUUUACGUCGCGAUAACCAGAGCCCGGCAGCAUGUCUGGAUAUUUGAAGAAGAUCCUGGGCCGAUCCAUCCAAUUCAAAGGUACUGGGAACACCAUGAACUGGUGAAGGUUACUUACGACUUGAAUGAAAUAAGCACUUUAACCACAUUGGUUAAGAAAAGCAACUCGUACGAUUGGGAUCGACAGGGUAAGAAUUUUUUUGAACAACAGAAAUAUGAUCAGGCUAUGAUAUGCUUCCGCAAAGGUGGAAACGAAGAAAGGCAUAAAUUGGCCGAAGCAUAUUAUCUUCAACAACGUGCCAGGUUGCACAUUGAUUCUGAUAGUGACACCGUCAGGAAUAACUUCAAGAAGGCUGCUGAGGCUUUUGAUAAGUGCAACAGAUGGGCUCAAGAGGCUUUAUGUUAUCAGGAUGGCGGUAUGCAUGCAGAAGCUGGUAAAGCUUACUCUAAAUGUAAAAUGUUUGACCAUGCCGCAGACUGUUACUUUCAGGCCAGCAUGUGGACUGCAGCGGGAGAUUCGUAUAAAAUGGCGAAAAAAUACAGUGAUGCUAUUGAUGCGUAUAAAAGGUGUAACCAGUAUGAGACCAUAAUUAAUUUGAUGAAGAGACAUAGGCAAGAAAUUAGUAAGGAGUUACUUCUUGAAAAUGUUCAUCAUGUAUACGAUCAUUAUCGUUUGAAGAACGAAAAGAUGAAAGAACAAACCCUUGCUAUCCUUCCAACGCAGGAAGAGCAGAUUGAGUUCCUGAAAACUUAUGGAUUAAAUGAUCUUUUGGAAUUUUAUGAAGGAAAGUGUAUGUUCCGCGAUGCUGCAAGACUUCAUCACUCGAUCGGUAAAUUAGAAGAUGCUGCAGACAUGCUUAUUCGCACGAAAAGUGAUGGAGACGUCUUAGAGGCAUUGCAAUGCUUGUUGCAUCUGUGCAGAGUCAGCAUACUAAGAAAGACGAUGCCGGAUAUUAUCACAAGCACUAAUAAUUCACAAGUGCUUCGUGAUCUUCUUUCCAAAAUAAACAGAAUUCAACAGCUUGGAUCUCAAAAAUUGAAAAGGUCUGAGCAAUGGAAGAUUCUGACGGAAGAGAUAAAGUUAUACUCGGCAUAUUUAGAUGGAAACUUUGGGAGAGUUGACCAAUGCAUACAAUUCUUCAGAGAAUGUAAAGAAUUUAUUGCAGAAUUUCGUGCGAUAAGCAUAUGGCUGAAUUUCCAACUCAAUCUUCGGGCUGACUAUUGGCGCCAACGGUUACAACAUUUGUUGAGGCUAGUUGAAUUGAUUUCUCCUUUUACCAAGUCAACUCGAAGUGAUGAAAUUUGCAAGGAUUUUGAGCAAAUGUUUUGUGUAAGCACAGUGGAAAACCGUCCAUCAUGGCGCAAAACUCUUUCAGACAGCCUGCUCGCAAACAAAUUGAAUGAUAAAAAUGCAGAAAGUGAAGGUGAAUGGCAUAUUUAUAAAUCAAAAGAUGUGCAUGGGACAAUGUUGCAGUCUCUAGUGGGUUACAUUUAUCGUCUUAUUCGGGAGGUUGACAUAUCAAGUAAAGAUAUUCCGGAUAUAGGUUUUCCUAUAUGUGACAGAAAUAAACUCUGUCAAGGAAACAAUUGCCGAAAGCAUCACGUAUACCCGACGCCAACGAGUCUGUAUGGACGCCUAUCACUUGCAUGUCUUCAGUACACUGUAGUGCGACAAUUAGAUGUAUUGCGCGAGAAUAAUUGCCUUAAUGAUGGGCAAGUUCUUGGGUUGCAAAGGAAGUGGACUGAGAAAUUAAUUACACUUCAUAUUCGUUAUCAGUCACCGCAGACAAGUUGCCCAGAAGUAACGCAUUGGGUAAUUGACGAACUUUCUGAACACGCACGCAACGGGAUUAUUGGUAUUGCUUAUACGAAAUGGUUAGGGGUCGAUUUCAAGUUCAGUGAUUUUGCGAAUAUGUUAAAAUGCAUUUUCGUGUUUCAGCAGUUACGGGAUAGAAAUGGCAUUGGAAAGUUCCAUGAGGUGGUGUCAAAAACUCCAGACUUGAACAAUUUACUAUUAUUGCCAAUUUGUUUCGAAUACAAAGGCAGAAAAAUAGUUGCAGUUGGAAAGCGACUCUCUUUGUUUAUGCAAUUUUUCUAUUCUAACAAGACUAUCCACGCGAUAAGAAACGCGACAACAUUUAUUGACUAUGCCAUAAGUAAUGCUGAAAGCGUAAAUAUUGUCCAGCUUGACGCGCUUGGUGACCUCGUGUCUCUUAUGGAAUUCGCGACGUCUUUGGUUUUUGCAGCUCGCCCUGGAUAUUGCGAUUCUUGUCUUCCUCGAAGCUAUCUGAUUAAUUACUACAGAGACAAUGCGUACCCAUUCUUUCCAAACCAAGGUAACCAAUACAACACGGUGAACUAUCACAAUGCAAUCAAUAACGCUUUCAACCAAGCUCAACAGCUUUUCCACCUGAUCUACAAGUUCCAGCCUUACUCACCGACUGUCGUUCGAUUAAUACGUCUCCUGGUCCUCAUUGGCCUGAACGAAUGCACAUUCGAGUCACCUGUAUUGAAGCUCUUUACAGAUAUUAGAAACCAAUAUUCAUGUGUGGAGUUUAGGGGCUACGUGAUGGCAGAUAACAUGACAUACCUUGCAAGGAUUUUGGCAAAUGAUCUCAAAGCAACAGGCUGCGAUUCUCUGGUUAUAAUUCACAAUUCUUGUGGUCCAUCACGAUUUCGCGGGCUGAAUAUAUAUGAUGUCAAGAUGCUUAGUUAUAAUUCUGUUGCAGGAUUUUAUUCUUCUCUGGAUAAAAUUGUAUCACGUGUAGGAAAGACUAGUGUGGUAAAUAAAUUCUCGCAGCAUGCUGACGAAAUUAAUGAGAGCGAUAAAUCAAUAUACACUGCUUGUGAAAAUCCUGCAGAGAUGGAUUUGCCUCAGGCUGAUGAGAGCGAUAAACCAAUAUACGCUGCUUGUGAAAAUCCUGCAGAGAUGGAUUCGCCUCAGGCUGAUGAAGCUGCCAGAAAAAUCCAAGCUUGGUUUCGUCAGGCUCAGAAAUCCCGCAAAUUAUGCUAUGAUAUAAUCUUUAAUAAGAUUUAUAACGACAUGCUGAGUUUCUGUCAGAUUGUCACAAGGGAGAAUAAUGCACGAUCAGUUUACAAAUACAAUAUUCUUUUGAGAGGUCCUGUAGUAGAAGUAAUUAUGAAGUUGAUUAAAUUGCGGCGUAGGAUACUUACGAUCAAGAAUGAAUUACAGGAGGCAAUAAAUAAUUAUUCUUCAGACAUCGCUGAGGUCAAAAGAUGCCUGGAAGCACAGAAGUUUGUUGACAUUAAUUUAGCAUUUUAA